AUGCUAGGCAGGGAGGCUCUAGGGUGGGUGAACCAGACAGAGAGCAGUGGGGAGGAUGCUUGGGAGAUUCAAGCAACUGGAAGGCAACUCCCGGUGAAUUUUGAGGUGGAGGAUGGUGCAGAGACUAAGGUCCUGGCAUGGAGCAGUCGAAAACUAGUAAUAAGUAAAACCGAUGGAGAUAUUCUGACAUCAGGGUCAAAGAACCUGGACGAGAUGGGAAUUGAGAAGAGAGUCGAAAUUCAGGAACUAGGGAAUAGAAACGAGAGGGAGGCUGAAGGUGAGAAUCCUCCUGGAGUCCAGGCACAUAUAGCAGAGCACCAGGAACAGUUAAGAUGUAAAACUGAUGCAGAGACUCAGACACCAGAAUGGGGGGAUCGAGAGAAGAGUAGAGAUGAGGAUGCUGUAGUCACCCAGGCACUUGAGAAGAACAAGAAAGAGGCCAGAGGAGAGGAUGAAAGAGAGACCAAGGCCCAAGAAUUGGAGAAGCAGGACCAGCGUGGACAUGAGGAUGGUGAGGAAAGCCAGGUGUCAGGAUGGGGAAAACAAGAUGAGAUGCAAGAUGAUACUGGCAUAGAAAUUCAGGCACAGGAGAGGAGAGACAAGGCCCAGGCUGGAGGUGACAAUGAUGUGCCAACCCAGGUACUGGGGAGGGAGAACCUGGGAGAAGUAACACAAGAGAAAGGUGUGGAGACCCAGGCCCUGGGGUGGGAAAAACAGGAAUGCGCUAGACGUGAGAAUGUUAUAGGGACUCAGACCCCAGGGUGGGGAAAGAAGGAUCAGGGUGGAAGUGAGAAAUCUGAGAAGAUCCAAGCAUCUAAGGAAGAGAUCUGGAAACAACUAAGACACGAACUUCUAGUGGGGUGGAGAAACCAAGGCCUGAGAAGGGGGGAGGAUGCUGGAGAGACCCAGAUCUCUAGAAGGAAGAACUUCAGGGAGAUAAGAGAGGAGGACUGGGUGGUGAUCAGGGCACCCUGGUGGGGAAACAAGAGACUAGUAGCAAGUAAAAUUGACCAAAACUUUGAGAUACAAUGUUGGGGGCAUCUGGACCAGAGUGGAAGUGAAAUAGACAGAGAAUGCCAGAUACCAUGUUGGGGGAAUCAGAUUGGAGGUGAAUUUAGGGCAGAAACUCAGGCAACAGAGAAGAGAGAUCAGAGAAAAGAUGGAGAAGAAGAUGGUACAAAUACCCUGGCUCCUGAGGCAGAGGACCAGGGACAAUUAAGACAUGAAACUCUUGUAGACACCCAUCCACCAGAGAGGAGGAACGAGGAGCAGUUUGGAGAUGAUAAUAGAAUAGACAUUCAGGCACUAGGGCAGAAAAAUCCGAGAGGGGUUAAAGAUGAAGUUGGUAAAGAGACCCAGGAACCUGGGGAAGAAAACCAGGGUCAGUCAAGCAGUAAAAUUAAUAGCAAGAGUCAUACAUCCGAGUGUAAGAAUCAGGAAUACAUUAGAGGCAAAGAUGGUGGAAACACCCAGGCAUCUGAGACCGAAAAGAGAGGAGAAUUAACAAAUCAUAUUGAUGGAGAAGCUCACUCAGCAGAAUGGAAGAAAGACGAGCAGGUUGGAGAGGAGAAUGGUACAGGAAUUCAAGCUCCAAUAAAGACAAGCCAGAGAGAAGCUCUAGUUGAAAAUGAUACAGAGACCUGGGAACAUGCAGAAGAAGACCAGAGCCAGGUAAAAGGUGUUAUUGAUACAAAGAUCCAUUUAUCAGAGCGGAAGAACCAGGAGCAGACAGGAGGUAAGAAUGGAACAAGAAUUCAGGCUGGAAGUGAGGAUGCUGUAGAGACCCAGAGGCCUGAGAGAGCGAGCCAGCAACAGUUAGAUGGUGGAACUGGGGAGAGUCACUCACCAAGGAGGAGCAAUUGGGAGCAGAGGGAAAAGAAGGAGGAAAAUCAGACAUUGGGGAAGAGACGUCAGAGAGAAGCUAGGAGUGAGGGUAGUGGAAAGACCCAAGGACUUAGUGGAGUUUCCCGGAGAUUGCUAGAAAGCAAAGCUGAUGAGAAGAGCUGUUCAUCAGAGUGGACGAACCAGGAGCGGACAGAAGGUGAGAAUGGUGCAGACACUGAAAUACAAGGGAAGAGAAACCCGAGAGAGACCACAGGUGAUGAUGGUACAGAGGCCCAGGCUCCAGGGGGAGAUUACCAGGGACAGGUAAGAAGUGAAGUCGAUGGAGAGAUCCAGAUACAAGAGCUGGGGAACCAGGACAAGGACGGAGAUGAGGACGCUGCAGAAAUCCAAGAUGCUGGGAGCCAGACAGAGUGCAGAGCUGAGGAGGCUGGAGGACCUCACAUUCCAAAAGGAGGAAACGAGAAGCAGGUCAGAGGAAAAGAUGCUGCUAAAGACAAUCUCCCAGUUGACUCUUCUGGGGAUGAGGGGCCUGGAUAUGAGGCCAUGGAACAGCAACAGGCAGUGGCCUCUGCUCCCUGUCCUGAGCUGAAGCCUCUCCCGAGCUGCAGUCAACUCUCCCUGCAUGCCAGUGCAGAGGGAGAGCAUAUGGUCAGCCAGAGCAUGGCCUCUGCCAAGAAGCACAGAGUGAGGGUCAGGCUAGCCUCCCAGCAGGCCCCACCUGAAGCCCUGACAAGCCGACGAAAGGAUAAAAGGGUGGAUCCAGGGAGGACUUCUGGCUGGAUGCGGCAACUCCAGAACUUACAUUCUGGAGAACUUCUGGCUGCUCCCCUGGGCCUGCCCUCUGCCCGCCCCUCUAGCUCAUGUCGCCAAGCCUCCCAAGCUGCCGCAGCUCUGGUGGGUGCUCCCACUGCCCUCACUGUCCCGCCCAAGUGGCCAGUCCUCAAAAAGAGCCAACAGCUCCUCUUGGAGUCCCUCAUGCGACGGAAGAUUGCACACCUGAGGUGGGGCCUCCCCAAGCGGAUCCUGGACUCCCAUUUGCUCUUUAACAAGUUAGGACCAUGCCCGCUACCCCGUGCUGGGAUGAGGCUCCCUGGAUUGUACACAGCCCGUGAGCUCCAACGACAGGAGGGAACGCACUGUGAGGCCCAGGGCUGCAGGCCAGGCCUCAAGUCAACGGAGAGAUCCCAGAGAGUUCAGCCCCCAGAAAGAAAAAGCUCAAAACUUCCUACUCGGGCCAGGGCUCUAGAGAAAUACAGCUUCAACAUGUGGAAGUAG